CGGGCAUGUUGAGCUCAUCAUCAUCAAACGGCCGUCGCUUCUUGUCCAUUUUCACCAAACCGUCCACCAUGAACAUUCACACCCCAUGGAAUAUGCUCCUCCAAGUAUGGAUUCAUUCGCAAGCCACCUGAGAUCAAGCAAUUGAACAACACCACGGCUACGCAAAGCGACCUCGUCGCUCGUCGAUUCUCCAAUGUCUAUGCUCGCCAAAUUGUUUCACAAGCCCACUGAAUCUCCUCAGGGAAGUGUAACAUCAAAAGACUUGGAUCCACGUGUUGCUGUUCACUGUGGGAUCCCUUCUACUGCAUCUAUUCUUGCUUUUGACCCCAUCCAACGUCUUCUGGCUAUAGGGACACUUGAUGGUAGGAUUAAAGUCAUCGGCGGUGAUAAUAUUGAAGGUCUUCUUUUUUCUGGCAAACCAGUGCCCUUCAAAUACUUAAAGUUCCUAGAAAACCAAGGGUUUCUAGUCAGUGUCUCCAACGAAAACGAAGUUCAGGUUUGGGAUCUAGAACACAGGUGUAUAGUUUCUAACUUGCAGUGGGAGUCCAACAUCACUGCCUUUUCGGUUAUCUAUGGCACAAAUUACAUGUACGUUGGAGAUGAGUUUGGUUUUUUAUCCAUAUUGAAAUAUGAUGCUGAAAAGGGAGAACUUUUACAAUUGCCCUAUCACAUUCCUGCAAAUCUUAUAAGUGAAGCAACUGGGAUUUCAUCGCCCAAUCAACAAUCAGUUGUUGGUGUGCUUUCUCAACCUUGUUCCCUUGGAAAUAGAGUGCUGAUUGCCUAUGAGAAUGGAUUGAUUGUUCUGUGGGAUAUCACAGAAGAUCGGGCUGUUCUUGUAAAAGGCAACAAGGAUCUCCAACUGAAGAGUGAUGAAGUGGUUGAUUUUCCAAAAAAUGUGAGCCUUGAGCAGUUUACUGAUACAUUAGACCAUGAACAAGCAGAAAAAGAAAUAAGCUCUCUCUGCUGGGUAUCCUCUGAUGGAUCGAUUCUUGCUGUCGGUUACAUAGAUGGAGAUAUUUUGUUAUGGAACAUGUCAACUGCUGCUCCUAGGAAAGAUAAACAAGGUCAAAAGGCAUCUAAUGUGAUUAAGCUCCAGUUGUCAUCAAGUGACAGGAGACUCCCAGUCAUUAUAUUACAUUGCUCUGAAAACAUAUUGCUUACCCAUUGUGGGGGCCAACUCUUUGUCUAUGGUGGUGAUGAAAUUGGAUCUGAAGAAGUUCUAACGAUACUCAAUCUUGAUUGGUCUUCUGGUAUAGAAAGUUUAAAAUGUGUUGGCCGUGUUGACCUGACUCUUAAUGGAUCUUUUGCGGACAUGAUUUUAGUGCCAAAUGCCACUGCAACGGAGGGAUAUGGAAUCUCUUCACUCUUUGUGUUGAGCAACCCAGGACAAUUACAUUUCUAUGAUGAUUCUUGCCUGUCUUCAUUGAUGUCUCAACCGGAGAAGAAGCAUUCUGUUCCUGCAGUGCAAUAUCCUGAGGUUAUACCUACUGUUGAACCAUACAUGACUGUAGGAAAACUCACUCUUUCUGAGAUAGUUUCAGAAGCUCAACAUCGAGUAGCACAUACUGCGACUACGCCAAGUAGCAAGUGGCCUUUGACUGGUGGUGUUCCCAGUCAACUGUCCUUCGCUGAGGGUGAUAUAAUUAAGAGAAUAUAUAUAGCAGGCUAUCAAGAUGGGUCUGUUUGCAUAUGGGAUGCUGCAUUUCCUGUUCUGUCUUGCAUAUUUGUCUUAGGAUCCAAGAUAGAAGGCAUUGAAGUUGCUGGAACAAAUGUUUCAGUGUCAGCACUGGACUUUCUCUCCUCCACUUCAAGUUUAGCAAUCGGUAACGAAUAUGGUCUGGUUCGCCUAUAUAAGCUUACUGGGAAUUCCGAUAAACCGAGUUUGCACUUUGUGACAGAAACCAAGCGGGAAGUUCAUGAUUUCCAUUGCAAUAGUGGAGCUCAAUGUACAGCUAUAUUUUCCAUCUUCAAUUCUCCGGUGCGCACCCUGCAGUAUAUGAAUUCUGGAGACAGACUAGCAGUCGGAUUUGAAUGUGGUCGUGUCGCAAUGCUUGAUAUCAGGUCACUUGCGGUUUUGUUUCUUACAGACUGUCUAUCCAAUUCAAAUUCGCUAGCUAUCGCUAUGCCAACAUUCCCUAUUGCUUGUGGUAAUUUGGAUCAUUCCGGAAACAAAACUUCCAUUGAAUCUGCGGUGGAAGUAAUUUUCAUCUUGACCAGAGAUGCACACAUUGUUGUGAUGGAUAGCACCACAGGCAAUAUGAUCAGCUCUUUGUCAAUGCACUCAACUGAGUUAUCUGCGAUCUCUAUUUAUAUUUUAGAGAGCAGUUUUUCCCCUGAAGGGUCCUGUGAAAACCCUUCAAUGAUCUCUUCUCAGGAUCCUGAAGCAAAAUCUGAACGUGCACAAACCAAUGCUCACCAUCAACAUGAUUCUGUUGAAACCAAAUCUGAUGCCUUUACUCAAGCCACAUAUUUUGGACAGGACUUUGUCGACUCAAUUGUUUUAAUUUGUUGCGAGGAUGCACUGCAUUUAUACUCUUUAAAGUCUCUGAUUAAGGGGGAGAGUGAGUCCAUCCGAAAGGUGAAGCUUGAAAAACCAUGUUGUUGGACCACAAUCUUCAAGAAAGAUGGAAAAGCUAGUGGAUUGAUUCUAGUCUACCAGACUGGACUGAUUGAGAUAAGGUCCCUACCAGAUCUUGAAUUGGUGGGAGAAAGUUCUCUAAUGUCAAUUCUUAGGUGGAACUUCAAGACUAGCAUGACCAAGACCAUUAGCUCUUCUGAUACAGGGCAUAUUGUUCUGGUGAAUGGGAAUGAAGUUGCUUUUAUCUCUCUUUUUGCCUUUGAAAAUGACUUCAGAAUUCCAGAGGCUUUACCUUGUCUUCAUGAUAAAGUUCUUGAAGCUGCUACCAAUGCUACAUUUAUGUUUUCUCAAAGUCAGAAGAAACAGGGUACUCCCCCUGGCAUUAUUGGUGGUAUCAUAAAGAGUUUCAAGGGGGGUACAGCGGAGAAUCAUGGGGAUGGAGAAAAUAUUGUGGCACAUUUAGAGAGGAUAUUUUCUAGGUUCCCUUUCUCAGACCCUUUUACAGACAUCGCAGAUGACCAGGAAGUGGUUGUACUUGGCAUAGAUGAUAUUGAUAUUGACGAACCUGCACCUGUUACCUCUUCUUCUCACAAGAGGGAAAGUAAAGGAAAAGAUAUUGCAGACAAGGAAACAGAAAGGGGGAAGUUAUUUGAAGGUGGUAGUACGGGUAUUGAACCGAGAAUGAGAACAGCCGAAGAAAUUAGAGCUAAAUAUCGAAAGGAUGGGGAUGCCUCUUCUGCAGCGGCACAUGCAAGAGAUAAGCUUGUAGAGCGCCAAGAAAAACUUGAGAAACUAAGCAGACGUACUGCAGAGCUACAAAGUGGCGCUGAGAAUUUUGCAGACUUGGCGAGUGAACUCGCCAAGACAAUGGAAAAGCGCAAGUGGUGGCACAUAUGAAUAGAAUUUCCGCGCAAGUUCAAAAGAGUUUAGAUUUGGUGUGCAGCUUGGUUGCAGUUUUGGCAAGUGACAUUCAACCAGGGGUUGUACAAAACUGGGGUGUGGUGUUAUAUUAACCGCACCCCGUUUGGGUCUACACUGUUUACUCUCGCUGGGCUAUUUCUGUAUUUUACUUCAUACCCUUUUUCCGUACAUAGGAGACAAAAAAUGAAAGAAGUGUAAAAGGCAUUUACUUGCUUGUGGGCUAAUAAUAACUUAAAACAGAUAGAGAAUAAAGUUCGUGUAAUAGCCUAAUAGGUUUCUUGAUAGUAUUCUUCAAAAAGUGCAUUGAAAUUGGUGACUGUAUCUUUGACAUUUGCGAAAGGUGUAAUGAAAUUCUAACUCA